AUAAAAUGUGUUCCCUUUUUUUAUUACCUAAGUCUGGAAAGUAGUGGGGAACCCAAGACAUCUAUUUUGCUAGUCUACCACCGUAACCACUAGACCAACGAAGCAUUCAAUAUUAUAAUUUAGUUCCCAUCAACACACAAUUAUUGUCAGCAGUUUUAAUGUUAAUUAUUGUGAAGCAGUGGCGGCGCGGCGGCAUAAACUCUUAUUACAAAAGUAUGAUAUUUCAUGGCGGCGGCGCCGACGACGGCGGCGGGGCGGCGGGGGAGGGGCUCACGUGUAAAAUUUAUGCAUUGAUAUCAAGUUUACCCGUGUGACCUGAAAAUCAUGAACGUAAGCGUUCAUUUCUGCCUGCGCGCUUCAAUCAAGCAUCCAUCCUGUUGCACCGUGUGUCGCUACCAUACCCCGCCCCGCACCGCGCCGCGCCCCCCGCAGACACCCGUGCCGUACCACUGCCGCCGCCGCCGCCGCCGCCGCCGCCGCCGCCACCGCCGCCGCCACCGCCGCCGCCGCCGCCGCCGCCCACCGCCCGCUGCCUCCGCGCCUAGCCAGCCUAUAGUGCCGCCUGCAUCAACUCAAGCAAACAAGCUCUAUCUUUGUAAAAUGUCUGAUUCUGAGUGCGAAUCAUUUGUUGCGCAAGACGCCGCCACCGCCGCAGCGAAGAAGAAGCCAGCAGCGAGCAAGAGGAAGUCGAGCGCAAGUGCAUCGAGUACCUCAAGCAGUACCAACAAGUCCCAGAAAAAAAAGAAAACUGUGGAUGUGUUCGGACUCUGCAACGAGGACGAAUACAACGAAUGCGUGUUGCAGUCGAAGACUCUACCAUCAUUCGUUGUGAAUCGCGUGGCCAACGGUAACCAGCGGCGGGUUGGCAGCACAUCCGGCGAAUUCUAUGCGGAGCUGAAGGUCUACGCGCGCCACGACGCUGAGGAAGCUCCCAAGGACACCCGCUGGACAAAGGCCUUGCUCCGACUAAACUGCUACCUUGAAGAGGGCUCACCGCAGUGGAAGCUGUUGCAUCGCUUCGUGAAAGAGGCCGGUACACUCUUCGAGGACUGUGUACCGUCAUUUUAUAACCCCGACUUGGUUAAAAUUAAACAGGCCGACUGAGGCAAUUUUACUAUA